UGCUAGUACCGCGUAAGAGCACGCGGAAGAUCCCCUUCGUGCAUUGAACGCGACCUAAACUCAUCAACAUCAACCCAACCGUCGUUCUCCUUGCCGAAUUGUGAAUCUCGUUUCUGCUGCUUUUGUCUCUCUCUUGGUAAAGAAUCUUUUUAACAUAUGGAAGCCAACCUGAAGAGGGAACCUGGCGAGCUUUUUUCCUUCUGGAAUUCAAAAGCUUUCAGAUCCUUAAUCGGAAAUGAUGGCCUCACAUCAAGGAGUUGAGGUACUUGAGAGUUAUAAUAUGCCUGAUCAGUCUUUUUCUUUAUUGAUUUCUGGGGUUGGGUUUCGCCAAAAGACUGAAGUCUCCAAGUGCAUUUUCCUCGGAGAAAAUCCUUGUCACACUUAAACUUGAGGAUUAAGGACUAGUCCGCGUUGUAUGGAAAGGUUCCAAGGAAAUGGCCAUAGUAGUUUGAGUACCCACCGUAAUUUUUCACUAUCACUACUAUUUGUGAAUUAAAGCAUUUCUUUUUCACGUCCAAUGGGUGGAGAAAACGUAAUAUGGAAUCGGAAGGGCAAGAGGUUCAAUAUGAAGGACUGAGGAAGGCUUGUCCUGUCUUCCUAAGUCAGGUGAAGAAAGACAUCAUAAUUCAUAAUUUUGGCAAAAUGUUAGAAUAAUCGACACUUGUUUUAUGGGAGGGAGGGGAACAUCCAAAUUCCAAUCAGACGUUUAGUUCGGGUGAGCAAGGGUGCUCGUUUGUUAGGGAGAAUGGGUUCCAACUUCCAACCGAAACCAUUCUUUGCCUUAUAUAUCCCGCCAUAUUCGCUUCAACUCUCUCAAACAAAACCCAAAGGAAAUUGUGGCCGAAGCAAUUCCCCUUUCGCUAUGUUCCUCUUCUCCUCUACUCAUCUUCAGUUUAGGCCAAUGAGACAAAACCCUCUAUAUCAACAUGGCGUUGGGACUGGACCAGAUUACGUGGGAGUCCCAAAUACGUAUUUCCCUCUCCGUAAAGGAGGAAGUGUGACCCUUUAUCAAGAUGCUCAUGUACCUGAUUCUUUGCUACCUGAAAUUUUACUUGAUGGUGGAAAAGUUUAUCAGCAAGGCAAAUGCUGGGAAGACAUAUGCCAUGCCAUUCUAGAAGCACAUCACCUCAUAUAUAUAGUUGGUUGGUCUGUCUAUCAUCCUAUAAAACUUGUGAGGGAACCAACAAAGCCUUUACCUAAUGGAGGGCAGCUUUCUUUGGGGGAGUUGUUGAAAUACAAGUCGCAAGAAGGGGUCCGUGUGGUUAUGCUGAUAUGGGAUGAUAAAACUUCGCAUGACAGGGGUCUCUUGAAAACGGUAGGUGUUAUGCAGACUCAUGAUGAAGAGACUAAAAGAUUUUUCAAACACUCAAGUGUUCGUUGUGUGCUUGCUCCUCGUUAUGCAAGCAACAAGCUUAGUUUUUUCAAGCAACAGGUUGUGGGAACCCUUUUCACACAUCAUCAGAAAUGCGUGCUUCUUGACACCCAAGCUUCAGGAAAUAAUCGGAAAAUAACUGCUUUCAUAGGUGGUCUGGAUUUAUGUGAUGGCAGAUAUGACACCCCUGAGCACCGUCUCUUUCUUGAUCUUGACACUGUCUUCAAGGAUGAUUUUCAUAAUCCAACAUUUCCUUCUAAUGCCCAAAGCCCGAGGCAACCGUGGCAUGAUCUACACUGCAAAAUCGAGGGUCCUGCUGCAUAUGAUGUAUUGACUAACUUUGAACAAAGAUGGAGAAAGGCAGCAAAAUGGCGUGACUUCAAGCUAAGAAAGGUCACUCCUUGGCACGAUGAGGCCUUGAUAAGGGUAGAUCGUAUUUCAUGGAUAAUAUCUCCCUCUCCUGGUUCUGACGGAGACAAAAUUGUGCGUGUUUGUGAUGAAGAGGACCCUGAGAAUUGGCACGUGCAGGUAUUCCGGUCUAUUGAUUCUGGAUCUGUAAAAGGAUUUCCAAAGGAUGUUAAGCAAGCUGCAGCUCAGAAUCUUGUCUGUGGAAAGAACUUGAAAGUAGACAGGAGCAUCCAUACAGCUUAUAUAAAAGCAAUAAGGUCGGCACAACACUUUAUAUAUAUAGAGAAUCAAUAUUUCCUUGGGUCUUCAUAUUAUUGGCCAUCAUACAAAAAUGCAGGUGCUGAUAACUUGAUCCCUAUGGAAUUGGCUCUGAAAAUUGCCAGCAAAAUCAGUGCAAAUGAGCGUUUCUCAGUGUAUAUAGUGAUACCUAUGUGGCCAGAGGGUGUGCCAACUAGCAAUGCUGUGCAGGAAAUAUUAUUUUGGCAGGGACAAACAAUGGCUGUAAUGUACUCAAUCAUUGCACAAGAACUCAAAAAAUCAGGCCUUUCCGAUCAAUAUCAUCCACAAGAUUAUUUGAACUUCUAUUGCCUCGGUAAGCGUGAUGCUCCCUCUUCAGAAAGUUCAUCUCAAGUAAAUCAACAAACGGAUAACCGUGCACUGGCAUUGGCCCAAGAGUUCCGCAGAUUCAUGAUUUAUGUCCAUGCCAAAGGGAUGAUAGUUGAUGAUGAGUAUGUGAUCAUGGGAUCAGCAAACAUUAACCAGAGAUCAUUGGAUGGUUCAAGGGACACAGAAAUAGCUAUGGGUGCUUACCAACCAAAUUACACAUGGGCAGGAAAGAAAUCCCACCCACAUGGCCAGGUUUAUGGUUAUCGGAUGUCUCUGUGGGCUGAACACCUUGGCAAACUGGAGGAUGCUUUCCGGGAACCGCAAAGCCUGGAAUGUAUAAAGCUUGUUAACAAGAUUGCCAAACGUAACUGGAAAUCAUUUGUGGAUGAUGAUUACAGAGAAAUGAGGGGACACUUGAUGCUGUAUCCAAUUAAAAUCAGGAGAAACGGGACGGUUGGUCCAUUGCCAGGUUAUGAAACGUUUCCUGAUGUCGGUGGUAAAGUUCUUGGAGCAUCCACCAAUCUUCCUGAUGUUCUAACAACUUAACACAAGCGUAAGCUCCAAUAAGUUUUGGUAACAAAACAUAUUCUUCCACCUGAAUACAAAGAUUGGAGGAUGAAGCAUUACGGGAAAGUUAAAAGAGAGGAUACCAAGUCAGGCAUUCAUGUGAUGAUCACUUUGUAAUGAUUGUUAACACCUGAAGAGAAAACUUUGUCUGGUUGCAGCAGCAGGCAGCUGUGAUGAUUGCCUUUUCUUACUUAUUUUGCUGUAUGUCCAUGGACGGAAAACAAUUUGUACAAAUGGAGUUCGUGCUCUCCUGUCUUGACAUUAAUAGUGACUCCAUGAAUCAGUUUUGAGAAUUGUGCUGGCUUAUUACUGGCACAUAAUUGAAAUCAGCCCCGGUUGCCAUAUUUAUUGUAUUUUACUUUUCUUUUUUAUGUAUUUGCUGGCUCUU